UGGAAAAUUCACUGCGAUGAUCAUUCUUCACUUUCAUCUACAACCGCAGUUCAAAUAUGAAUCAUUUCAUAUAUUCUUCACAUUAUGAUUUAUACUCGUAAAAAAAUUACCCCCGAAGUUUUUUUUACUAGUUUUUAAUGAGUUUAACCCUCUUAUAUUAGAUUUAUAACAAGCUUUGUACCUGAAAUUAAGUUAUAAUUAUUCCUUGUGUACAUAUCAGCGAAUAAGGAAUGCUAAACCGUGUGAUAAUAAAACACGUACAUGAUUUUUUAUUCUUUUCUAAAUUAAAUUGACAUUCUGCACCUCUAAUAUUUGAUUCUUUAGGCAGGUUGCACGUCAUUCUUUAACUACAGCUUGUUAAUCAGGAUAGCAUAACUUCUUUAUUGUUUGCUCUCUGGCACUCGAGGCCAGCCGCUAUGCAAAUUGUGUUAAGAGAUUGAGUAAAUCACAUUUAUUAACGGUCACGCACACUGACCAUACACUGAUUAAAUAAGCAUACGAUUUCCGCGGAGUCUACCCCGGGGGCAGUUACUGCCUAUAAUGCCCUAUACGGGGAGGUCCCGCCCGAAGUGGGUACCUUUUUCAGGUUUCAGGUACAUGAAAGGGUAGGGAUUUUACAAGUUGAGGUAUAUGAAAGAAAGGAAAAUCUGUCAUUCUGAGAUAUAUAAAAGGGACUUUAAUUAAAAUGUUUCAAACAGACGCACCUUAUGGCUGUAUCAUUUCAUUUAUUUUGCACUACUUGAAAAUGACACGACGAUUUCCUUUCAAGGCGGUUUCAUCAUAAUGCGGACCAGUUAUCAAAGCAUGCGAAAGGGGUACCUCUUUUCAAUUACAGCUCUAUCAAAGGGUUAGCUUUCUUGUGAAAAUGGUAUACAAAAGGGUAAGGGGUUGGACGUCGGGGCGGAGUCUCCCCGUAUAAAACUUUGUAGAGUACCCCUGGGGAGUUUACAACCUCUGCAUAACAGUUGUUAAUAGCCAAGGAGAAUCUACCCUCGGAAAGUAGAGUUUCCGUAAACACAGCUCAGUACUGUACUUAUUCACUGUUAUUCAGUUAGGACAGUUAAGAAUUCCAACUUCCCAUUAUUGCGGAGAGUAUUGACUAAAUUGUUGUUUUACAACAGCACAGGACUGCAAGGAGACUGGAGAUCAGUUAGCUUUUUAAAUACUUUAAUUGUGCUUCAUAAGUCGUUAUAGAAAUCGUCCCUCCUAGAGCGGUUUUCAAUUGAGUAACGUGUCGUAAAACCAAAACCAAACCCCUGAGUUACUUACCAAUUAGACGACUCAGCCAGUCUUAAACCAUAGUAAACCAAAACCAAAACCAAAGUUAUUAUUACCUGAUUGCUUUCGACACUCAAUUGAGACCCGCUAUAUCCCACACAAAAACAAGUGAUUAAUUACUCCAGAUUUAAAUCCUAUUUCCUCUUGUUUUUCCUUAAAAUUUCCGUGAUGAUCAAACUUGAAGGAAGCAUGGGCACUAUUGUUUCAAGAAAAAGGAGAAGGGAAAUUUCCCAGCCACCCCGACCUGAGCCCUUGCCACAGUCGCAGCCUGACAACCACGAACCCAGUACUGGAACUCAGGAAGACGUCCUCAGGUCAAAUGACAACGAGAAGGAAUCAGAACCUGAAGAAAAGUCAGAGGCGAGUGAUGAAAGCGACUCCGAGACUCGCACAAAUGACGAAGGAUUUCAUGAAACUGAACCUAAUGAGCGCAACUCUUCGGAAUCGUCUUCCGUGAAGUCCAGUGAGAGUGCAAAGGACGUUUCAGAUACAGUGGUAAAAAGUGAAGCGAAAACAACGGAUGACACAACCGAAGUUGAUGAGUUCAACAGCGCUUGGAAGAAAGUGUUCUUGGAAGACUUGGAUGUUAAAGUAUCCGACAAUGUUAAGAUUGUCAGGAUAUUUACAAGUUCAACAUUCACAGAUACCUUUGUGGAGCGUAACACAUUGAUGGAGCGAGUGUACCCCAGGCUAAAGUCCUUCUGUCAAGAGAGAGGCUAUGAUUUUCAAGUGGUCGACAUGAGAUGGGGAGUCCGAGACGAGUCCACUGAUGAUCACAUGACCACUGAGCUCUGUAUGAGGGAGCUCCGCGCAUGUCAGAAGUUGUCAACUGGACCCAACUUCAUUACCUUCUUAGGGCAAAAAUAUGGCUACCGUCCCUUUCCGGUCAACAUUUCAGCAACUGAGUUUGAGCAGCUCCUUGGAGCAGUUGACAACCCAGAUGACCUCCAACUGCUAAAAAAUUGGUUUUGGAGAGAUGACAAUGCUGUUCCCGCUCAAUAUCUGCUGCAGCCAAUCACAUCACUGUUACCUCAUUAUCGUGACUAUACGAACCAGGACUUACGUAAGAAGGCGUCUGUUGAUUGGUGGACGGCGUUUGAGAGAAUGCAAGUUGUUUUGAGGGCAGCCGCUGACGCUGCAUUGGAGGAGGUCGACCGACAUAAGUAUUAUAUGUCAGUGACAGAAGACGAGAUUNAAUUGGAAAAUUUACUGCGAUGA